AUGAUGGGCAACUCAUGGCUCGCAAUCUCCCAAAUCAACUUCGCCUCGCGCUUCACUCAUCCGAAUCUCAAGGCCAUCGCUCCCUGGGAAGCCCUAACUGAUCCCUACGACCACAGUUUAUGCCGCGGCGGUGUACCAUCUGCGCAUUUCUUCCAGAUGAUUAUUAGCGGCUUUGCCGGGGGUAAUAAAGCAGAAGACCUGGGCAGUAUGAUUACGAAGAGGCCGCUGUUUGAUGAGUUCUGGGAAAGUAAGAGGAUCUCUCCGGAGAGGAUUCGGGAUGUGCCGAUGUAUUUGACGGCGUCGUACUCGACUGGAUUGCAUUGUGAGGGUUCGUUCGAGACAUUUGAGCGUGCGCAGAUGCAGAGAAAGUGGCUGAGGGUGCAUAACACGCAGGAAUGGCAUGAUAUAUACAAGCCAGAGGUCUUAGACGACUUACAACGAUUCUACGACUUCUACGCCAAGGGCAUACAAAACGGCUGGGAGACUGAUACUCCGCGGGUCCGAUUGAGUCUUCUUGGCUACGAGAACAGCCCCGCGAGAACCGUCGUCGAGAGGCCGGAAGAGGAAUGGCCUCCUGCUCGCCAAACAAUGAGAAAGUACUACCUCGACGCAUCCACUCGCUCACUGACCACCUCAAACCUUGAGAAUGUCUCCAGCAUCAGCCACGAGGGCCAUUCCCUAACUGCAUCAUCUGACUUUACCAUUCAUUUUACCGAAUACACAGAGCUCUGCGGCCGCCCCUAUGCAAAACUCUACAUGUCUUGCCCUUCGCACACAGACUUCGAUGUCCGCAUCCAACUCCGCAAACUAUCCUCCACCGGCCAACUCCUAGAAUCCCUUAACUGGAGUCCCAUGCCAAAGCUUGCACCCGAGGUUCCAGACGUCAAUGUUGCAAAGCAUCUCGGACAGCAGGGUAUGCUUCGCGCGUCGCAUCAUGUUAGUCUUCUCCCCGAAUCAGAAAAAAAUGGAUUCCCGCGCUACGAUCACAAAUCUAGACAGGAUAUCCCCGCUGGUACGGUUAUUCCGUUACUGAUUCCCAUUUGGCCCAUUGGUAUGGUUUUCGAAGCCGGGGAGGGAUUGAUGUUGCGGAUAUCGGGACACGAUAUGUCGUUGCCGGAGGUGGAGAUGAUGAGGUUGCAGGAGCCGGUGGAUGAGAAUAUUGGGUUGCAGGUUGUGCAUACGGGUGGGGAGUAUGCGAGCUUUUUGGUUGUGCCUGUUAUUUGA